UUGGGCCGAGGAUGGGGGUGGCGAGGGAUCAGGGUUAGAGGGAGAUUAACCACACGGAGGCCUAUAAAGCUUGAGUGUAAUCCGCACGCUGCAGACAGAUUCAGAGCAACAACUGCUCCGGAAACGUUUUACUCGUAACUCGCAGUGUUUAGGAUCAAACACUGACUCUAAAACAAGAGCAGACAUUUCAGAUUUGGCACUUUUAACAGUUAUAUAUUACAAAACCAUCAAGUAGUGAGUGCAGAUUAGUCUUUAUCAACAUCAGAAACAUAAAGGAGGAGAGAGGGAACAAUCAUGAAAAAGGGAAAGCAGAUCAGUGAAGACAAUGAACCCCCCACUUACCAGGAGGCCACAGCAGGAUAUGAGGAGAUGCAGGCUCAGUUCUCCUUUGAUGACAAGACCAUCAGGCGGACCUUCAUCAGGAAGGUUUACGCCAUUCUCAUGGUUCAGCUUUUUGUGACUGUGGCUAUUGUUGGUCUCUUCACAUUUUGCGCCCCCGUGAGGUAUUAUAUUCAGACUCAUCCUGGCUUGUACAUGGCAUCUUAUAUGAUGUUCUUGUUCACCUACAUUGCACUCUCCUGCUGUGGAAAUCUGAGGCGGCAGUUUCCCUGGAACAUCAUCCUGUUAGUUAUCUUCACUUUGAGCAUUUCUUUCAUGAUGGGUUUUGUGUCAAGCUUUUACAACACCAAAUCAGUGAUGCUGUGUCUGGGAAUCACGGCUCUGGUGUGUCUCUCUGUCACCAUCUUCAGCUUCCAGAGCAAGAUUGACGUCACAUCGUGUCAGGGCGUGCUGUUUUCUUUGUGCAUGGUCAUGCUUCUCUGCGCCAUCACCAUCUCCAUUGUGGUCCCCUUCGGAUAUGUUCCCUGGCUACACGCUCUUUAUGCUGUGAUAGGAGCCAUCCUCUUCACUCUGUUCCUGGCGUUUGACACUCAGAUGCUGUUGGGGAACAAGCGUUAUUCCAUCAGUCCAGAGGAAUAUGUUUUCGCCACCCUCAGCCUCUACCUGGACAUCAUCUACCUGUUCAGCUUCCUGCUGCAGAUCAUGGGAGAAGGACGCUAGUGAGGAACCUCAUCCACUGUCCUGCUACACAUCUACUGGUCGGCUGAACUAUUUCAAACUGUCAGGCGACCAAGGAUCUGUUACUCUCAUGCUUAACAUGAUGUCAGGUUUAUUGCUGAUGAGUCAUCAUAUCCAUUUUUUAUGCAUGUGUUAAAGCUGAAAAGAGUGAGAGUAAUCUGUUAGUUCUUUGCUUUUGGUUAUGUAAUCUCGUCUGUACAAUCCUGCUGCUGGUUCUGUCCUGACAUUAUCCACAUCGUAACUCACUAGUGGUUCACUGUACUCCUGCUGGCCAUUCCUGUUAAUCUGGUUUUGUUUUGGUUUAGAAGCAGAGUUGAGUAAGAUCUGUUUCCUUGGCUGCAUCUCUCUGUUUAUCUCCGUUACUAAGACAGAAAUGACGAUUCAGGAAAUCUGCAAUUUGAAGCUCAGCAGGGUUGAGUUUGUUCGAUAAAAACAAAGUUUCACAAGCUGCGUAGAUUAGGUUUGUUUUAUACUUGUUUUUUAUGCACAGUAUCACAGAAUUUGUGUUUUAAAAGGUGUGUGUGUGUGAGAGAGAGAGAGAGAGAGAGAGAGAGAGAGAGAGAGAGAGAGAGAGAGAGAGAGAGAGAGAGAUUUACAUUCUAACUUCCAGACUUAAAGCUUACAAAAUCCACCACAAAAGGGAAAAUGUGUUUGCAUACAGUAGUCUUAGUCAUUAAAGCUAAGGUUGGUUUUCAACAAAUAGAAAAGUGUUUCAGAAAACAGAUUACCAACCUCACCUUUAAUGAUCAGUUGCAAUUCCUCCGUCAUGUUACUGUGGCCUUUGGGAUGUGUUAGAAAAUAAUUUCACGUUAACGAGCUGAGGAUCAGAAUUUAAAUAUUAGAAAAUGUUUUACCUGUAUAGUGAAUUUACCUGGACAUAUGAUAAUAUUUUUAUAAGGACAAUGAGUUGUGAACACUUAAUACUGUGAUUAUUAAAAUAAAACAGAUUCAUAAUCA